UAUGAUAAAGCGAACGCUGACGGUAAGGUUAUUUUCGUGGAAGCGUAAAGAUAGUUCGCAGGGUUUCACUUUCCAAGGUAUUCGAUGUUACCCAUACUUUUACUUAGAAUUUUACAGAUUUGAACUGAAAACAAUUUCCCCACGGCCUGUUGAAAUACACAUGGCCACAUAAUAAUAAAAUUCUACAAAGUACUGAGGAUUUCACAAGUCUGAAGAUGAGUCGUCAAAGAUCUGCAGACGCUGCCCGCUUCAAACCAAAAUAUUUUUACCAGUUCAGAAUUAUUUUAAUCGGCGACAGCACUGUUGGAAAAUCCUCGCUUUUGCGGCAGUUUACGGAAGGGCAAUUUAUCGAAAACUCCGACCCAACUGUCGGUGUGGAUUUUCAUGUCAGGGUUGUGAUGCUUACAUCUGACGUCAGAAUAAAGUUGCAGAUCUGGGACACUGCAGGACAGGAAAGAUUUCGUGCCAUCACAUACUCAUACUAUAGAAACACUGUUGGCUGCUUGAUUGUUUAUGAUAUCACUAACAGGGAAUCAUUCCUUAAUGUUAAAGACUGGUAUACAGAGGCAAAGAACUGCGUAGAGGAAAGUGAUGUUGUCUUCAUGUUGAUCGGUCAUAAAAUUGACAAAGAAUCAAUGAGGAAAGUUUCCACAGAGGAAGGAGAACGAUUUGCAGAAGCAAACAAUAUGAUGUUUAUUGAAACAUCAGCUAAGGUUUUAUGCAAUAUCGAGGAAGCUUUUUUCAGAGUGACUGAGGAAGUACAUAAACGUAUGGAGAGAGGAGACCUGGGACUGAGAGAAGGCUGGGAUGGAAUUAAGGCACUGCCUAUGCGGCCCACAGAUGUGUUGGGUAUUGGACAUGCUAUUUCAGCUGAAGACUUGCUGGAACAUCAUCAGGAGUCUAAAAAGUGCUGCAUGGGUUGAUAUAUUUUUUUUUCAAAUAUGCACUAGUUAAAAAAAAUUAUCUUAAUCCUCUACAAACUUGCUUCUAAACUAAUCUAGAUGUAUCCCUUUAGCAAACAUGUAGAAUUUUUACUCUGGUAGAGGUGUAAAAAUAUUAACACUAACAAUGUUCACUCCACAAACUAAAUUUACCCAACUUAAAACCUUUCUUAUAAAUCAGCUGAGGAAUUUUUGUGGCUCUUAUUCUGCAUUCUUCUGUUGUAAGAGUUCUCCCACUUUUUGUUUGGAAUGAACGUAGGGUAUGCCCAAGUGAAAUAACAGGUUGACAGAUAAUUUCACUGUACAGAUUUCUCACCAAAUGUAAAUGCUUAAGCUUAAGUUCUGGAGCUAUCAGACACUAACAGUUUUGCCAUUCAAUAGAAACUCCACUUGGAAAACAUAUAUAUGUGAAGGUUAGGAACUAGAAUUUUGUCUUAAAUCCUCAAGGCUGGAUUGUUAAUCAUAAAUUGGUAUUUAAUCAUUGGUGGGACCUAUACAGUAGAUAGUUUAAAGCUAGGAUAAAAGUUGAUCAUGUAGUUUUGUGAGUGAGAGAAGUCCUGAAAAGAACUAUCAUCCUAUUUUGACAUCAUCAAAUUGUUUUGAUUCUCACUCUGAUGAUGGCUUCCACCCAGGUUGUUGUAGUGUCAUCAACAAACAUCUUUGUCAUUGUCACUCUCACUCUUUAGAUGACAUGAUCAACAAUUACAGACUUCACAUUUUUAGGAGGAUGUUAUGGGGUCUUAUUUCACUCAUUACUUUAAGAAUUCAGCCUGAGUAGAUUAUGUUACUAUGGACCAGAGCAAGAAGAAUGACCUAACUUAAAAACUAGAGUGAGUGAAAUGUAGCAAUAGGGAUAGCUUUUUUUUCUAAACUUCAGAAAGGUUAAGUUUUUGCCAAUUUCUGUGGUUUUUAGUUGUAGUAAAAAGUUUAGAGUGUUUAGGAGAGGAAUCUUAACUUCAGGUUAUUAACUAGAAUGUGCAGAUAUUGUUUGCAAUACUUUUAAUUGUAUCAGUCAAGAGGUUUUUAUUUUGUUUAGUCAGGUGGUUUCAUACUAUUUUUUGUUACUUUUUAUGAGUGGGUUUGGUUUUAUUUAUGAUGAUAUGAAGUGUAUAACUUAUUAUUUUUACU